CAGUUUCGAGUUUCCUUUAUGUUUUGUUAUAUUUAUGUUACGUCAGUAAUAUAUAAACAAACUCAGGUUUUCAGCAUUCUAUCUAUAAAAAGAUGUAUCAAAGCUAUCUAUAACCUGUAUUUCGGUAGAAAUAGGCAAACAAAAAGCCGCUCAUACCCAGAAGAAAAAAUCCACGCGAAAAGAUAUACACUGAACAAUUAAAAUAUGUCGCUCAUUCAAAAUUGAUCUGCAUUUUCUUUCCGCGUGCAGUGACUCCUAAAACGCGAUCUUAUUGGCUGAACAGAGUCUCACCCCUUAGGCAAAUAUAUACAAUUCGAAUUUAAAUGGCUUGUCUGCAUUUACGACUAGGCAGGUGCGGUGAAAUUUAAUACGACAACACAAAACGCGCUUGAUUCUAUCCACAGAACUAAAGCUGCUCCGAUUUUAAAAACCAACUAAGAUCUGAACAUGUCAAGGAAAUGCCCAACUUGUGAAAAGACCGUCUAUAUGGGUGAAAAGAAAGAGUCGCUUGGAAACUGGUACCAUCCUUUGUGCCUAAAGUGCAAAAAAUGUGGAAGACAGCUUGCUACAGGGAGUCACGCCGAAGUAGAUUACUCGAUCAGAGAUCAUCAUAUGCUUCAUAUGGAAAGCAGCUUUCACUUAAUUUCUUGCAGUUCCCAGCAAUUAGACAAACGUAAGGGUCAGCCGUAUUGUCAUAACCCAUGCUACGCUUCACAGUUUGGACCGGGAGGGUUUGGGCACGGUGGAACAGAAUCACACAAGUACUGACACGUGACAAGUGUUGAGUACGUCACCACUCUUUCAUAACUGUAAACUACAGGUAUCUCAGAACGGUCGC